CCGAUCAUACUACGGAUCACGCUACCGAUACUACGGAUCACGCUACGGAUCAACGGAUCAUGCUACGGAUAUCCCCCCCUCUCCACACGUGUCGAUUUUUGGGGGGGAGGUGUGCGUCAGCCCUGCGUUCGACGCCCGGCCACGCGGCGCCGGCCACAGGCGACAAGCGACAAGCGACGACAGACGUGACUCGACCAUGAGCAUUACGGUGGACAUUCAGCUGGAGAGCAUUCUCCGUGUGGGAGUCUGCGGCUGCUUUGUAGGCCAUGGAUGGAUUGCCUUUUCUGGAGCUGAGGCCUCAAAGUGGCGUGGCUAUCUGGCGGCAGGUGGCUUUACCUCUGCUGAGGCCGUCAUCCUUCUUCCCCUCAUCGGUCUCCUCGACAUCGCCAUCGGCAUUCUGACUCUGUUCUAUCCUCUCUCCUUGGUCACCAUCUGGGCUGCUGCUUGGGCCUUUGCCACUGCUGCCAUUCGCCCUAUUGCUGGCGAGUCCAUCUGGGCUGCCAUCGAACGCGCUGGCAACUGGGCCACUCCUCUGGCUCUUGUCUAUCUCCAUGCUCAUCGGCAGGUCUCCCGAUCUGCCUUGCCGUCCUGGUUCCCGCCAUGGCUCGCAGACAUGCUUGAUCCGAGCCUCUCCUGGGAUCUCUCACUCAAGUAUGUCUUCACCCUCAUUGUCGCCCUCCUCGGCUGCGUCCUCGUCCUCCGCACCCUCCGGUCCCGCUGAUCCCGCGCCCACCGCCCACAUCGCACCUCCUUCCUCACUCGGCCCGUAAAUCACACCCUGAACUG